AUGCACAGAAAGGAAGGGGCAGACAAAAAAAGACCAAAUGGCAAAGCAACCUUCCCAUGUAAGUUCUGAGUGUGAAAGAGAAGGUGGACAAUUGCAGCUUGCAGAGAGGCCUCCCCAGUUCAGGCCUGGGGGCCCUACCUCCCUUCAGACUGAGCCUCAAGACAGGAGCCCAGCACCCAUGAGUUGUGACAAAUCAACACAAAUCCCAAGUCCUCCUUGCCAGGCCUUCAAUCAUUAUCUGAGUGUAAUGGCUUCCAUGCAGUAGUCUCAGGCAGAACCUGCA